AUGACCACGCAAAAAUGCAUCCUGGCGUUUCUUAGAUCUUUUUCCACCACUUUACCUACACCAAAACAAUUAAUACUAGUUGAUAACCAGGAAAAUGAAAAUUAUAAUGUCUAUCAAAUUAGUCCGAUCGGAAACUUUCCCAGUGGAUUUCCUCCGGCCAUUAUCAAAUCAAGCACUGAAUUUAAUUUCAGGGGCACAUCGUCAACUAUGUAUUGUUCAAAUAAAAUGAAUCAUGUAGAUAUGAGAUUAUUUAUUACCAGAGGGAUGCCUGUUAUAACGACCAUGUCGGCCAAAACUUUUGCCAGUAGAGAAGUAAGAGCAAAAACAAAAGCCUGCUUGUCACAUUUAGAAAACGCGUGGAACAACAAUUUAGCAGUAAACCCGCAAAGUAAUGUGUUUUUAAAAAAGUCGGAAGCUAUUAUGGGUCGUUGUUCAGACGGAUCUCUGACUAGAUUAGCCUUUACACGCUAUAUAUCUUUUGUCGAAGAUUACAGCUGUCUAAAUCCGAGCAAGGAAAUGGAGCGUAUUAAAAUUAAAGCAGAUGCAGCAAUUGACAUGGGACAAGUUGUUUUCGAUUCCAAAAUUUUAAAAAUCCCUGGUCCUCAGGGUAAAGAAUGGGGAUUGGCCUGGUAUCAAUAUCAUAUACACGUUUUCGAAUUUGACAAUUCCAGAAAUUUAUGGUUUCCAAUCACAAUAAUUGGAAAUGAAUGGAACAAUGGUAAAGCUAUAUACGAGGCGUUACAAUUCGAUUCAAAUAUGGGUGAAUUCAGACGUCGAUCUGAGGCUAUUGGAAGAAGUGAUCAACUUAACAAUAAAGCACUGCCAAAUAUUUUAACUAAGACUGCUUCAAUAUCAUCACAGUAUCAAAACAUAAGAAGCGAUAUCAAAUUUCGUAAUUUACACAUGUCAGUUGUGACUGGGUCACUUGGCUGCAGACAACCACUUGAGAACAGUCUACCAGAAAAACAAUCGUCAUCACCUUUAAUAAAGCCAUUGAACCUUAGCAAAGAUAUGAGAGCAGACAAAAGUCCACUUCAACAGAAGGUUAACCUAGGAGAUAGUCCGAAACCCCAUCUAGAAGUCAAUGAAGGAUCAUUUCCCAAACCUGAUGUAGAUACACACUCGUCACAUCGUGAGGUACCUCUUCCACGAUCUGGUAAAAGUCCUCACUCACUAUCUGAUGGAAACCCAUUUCAAGAAACUUCUCAGACAAGUCAAAGAAAGCCUAGUAGAGAAUCUCGACCACAAUAUAAUACUGCACGACAUCAUCACCGCGGCGAGGGUUCCCAUUCAAAAUCGGGCAAAGAGCCAUUUCAAGAAGUGGAUGGAGUUUUUUAUUCAAGAAGCGUUCCAGUACAUCACAGAAGUGAUAGAAUUGAUUCAGAUUCAUCAUAUGAUGGAGGAUUUCAUUCUAGAUUUGAUGAUGUACCUCACUCCCACCACCAUGAAGAUCCUGACCCGCAACCCAAUGUCGAAUUCGGCGAAGGAGCUUACAUGAAUAGAAUGUCAGAGUCUCAUCAGAAAUUUUAUCACGGAGACCAUCCAGGACACAGUCAGGGGUAUUUUGUAGAAAGUACAGAUCCUGAUCAGGGGUAUUACAAAUAA